UCAACAGGCAACAUCGUUGGUGGAGACAAAUACAAUAUUCGCAAAUGUCACACCCAAUUCUCUGUGGCUUUGUGAUAGAGAACUCCUAUAAAAUGCUCAGAGUUCAGUGGGGGUUCUUUGGGCCUUUCAGUGGCAAACACCCUGUUGAGCAACUAUGCUGAUGAUAGCAGAGCUGCUGCUUCUUUCCCUCCUUGCUGUAAGAGAAGGGAAACCUGUGUGCCAGCCGUACGGCACAAAAGAACUGUCUCAGUUUUCUAAGGAGGGAGACAUCAACAUUGGAGGCAUUUUCUCCUUCCAUCAGAACCCAGUCAGUGUCAGCCCGACUCUCGAAGUCAACGCAGGAACAAUCCAGUGUGAAGGACUGGACCCAGGAGAGCUUCAGUAUGCAUAUACUAUGAUUUUUGCCAUAGAAGAGAUCAACAACAGCUCAGAGCUGCUGCCUGGAGUGACACUGGGGUAUAGGAUCUUUGACUCUUGCCCCAGUAUCCCUUUGUCCAUCAGGGCAUCACUAAACCUGAUGAACCGGUACGAGAGUGGGGCAGGGAGCUGUAGCAAACUCUCCAGUGUUCAUGCUGUCAUCGGGGAAACCACAUCCACUUCUACGAUAGGUAUUGCACGUACCAUGGGACCCUUCCAUAUACCUGUGAUCAGUCAUUCAGCCACAUGUGCAUGUCUAAGCAACAGAAGAGAUUAUCCUUCUUUCUUCAGAACCAUACCUAGUGACAUUUACCAAAGCAGAGCACUAGCCAAGCUGGUGAAACACUUUGGCUGGACUUGGGUAGGAGCCAUAAGGACUAAUAGUGAUUAUGGAAACGGUGGCAUGGCCACUUUUCUGGAAGCGGCAGAAAAGGAAGGUGUGUGCGUUGAGUACUCGCUGGCAAUUUACCGAACUGAUCCCAGGAAGUGGUUCUUAGAGGUGGUCGAUAUUAUAAAGAAAUCCACAUCUAAGGUAAUAGUGGCAUUUGCCGAUGGAACAGACCUUGACAUACUCAUCAAGGAGCUUCAUGCGCAGAAUGUGACGGGCCUGCAGUGGGUAGGAAGUGAGGGCUGGAUCACAUAUCGCUAUAUUGCCUCCCCAGUAAACUACGCUGUGGUGCAGGGGGCAGUGGGCUUUGCGGCGCUAAAUGCUCACAUCCCUGGACUGCAGGAGUUCCUCGCUAACAGCAGGCCCUCCACCACACCAGGGGAUUGGGGACUUGUGGAGUUGUGGGAGGCCGUGUUCAGCUGCACCCUGACUCCCCGACCAGAGACUGAAGCUCAGAAUCCUCCUGUUCCCUGCGAUGGGAAGGAGUCUCUGUGGAACAUAAAGACACGCUUCACAGAUGUUUCAGAUGCUAGCCUGCUGAAUAAUGUCUACAAGGCCACAUAUGCUGUUGCUCAUGCCUUGCACAUGCUGUUUAAUUGCAAAGAUGGACAGGGGCCCUUUGAGAACAGUACUUGUGCUGAUAGGGAAAAUGUACAACCAUGGCAGGUGCUGCAUUAUCUGACCCAGGUUAAUUUCACCACUAAGAUCGGUGAAAAUGUGUUCUUUGAUGAGCUGGGUGACCCAGUGGCACGUUAUGCACUGGUAAACUGGCAGAUGGAUGAGACGGGUUACAUAAUCUUUGAGACCAUCGGCUACUACGACGCCUCCCAGCCUGAAGGUCAGCAGUUUGAGAUGAAAGACAGUGUGACGGCCAUCUGGGCAGGAGAGAAUCUUGAGGUACCGAGGUCUGUUUGCAGUGAAAGCUGUCUGCCAGGGACUCGGAGGGCUUUUGUUAAGGGGAAGCCCAUCUGCUGUUUUGACUGCAUUACCUGUGCUGCUGGGGAGUUCAGCAACAGUACAAGUGAGACAGCAGGGUUCAUAGCCUUUACCCUUGUUCUCAUUGUGUUUCUCUUGGGCAAAAUCACUGUCAGCGCUUUACUGGUCUAUCUGAAGAUGUGCGUCCUGUACAGCCUAAACAUAUUUAUGCUUUCAGAUGCAGUGAAAUGUGACAAAUGCCCUCCCGAGUACAAGUCCAACGAGGAGAGGAAUAACUGUGACAUGAAAGCUAUUGAGUUCCUCACCUUCACCGAAUUAAUGGGUAUACUGUUGGUCACCUUCUCCGUGGUUGGUGCGUGCCUGUCAAUGGCAAUAGCCCUGAUAUUUUUCCAAUACAGACAGACGCCUAUUGUCAGAGCCAACAACUCAGAGCUGAGCUUCCUGCUGCUCUUCUCCUUGACUCUGUGUUUCCUGUGCUCUCUGACUUUCAUCGGCCGGCCCUCUGAGUGGUCCUGCAUGCUGCGACACACAGCGUUUGGCAUCACCUUUGUCCUCUGCAUCUCUUGCGUUUUAGGGAAAACAAUUGUUGUUUUGAUGGCCUUCAGGGCUACACUUCCAGGCAGCAAUGUGAUGAAGUGGUUUGGGGCUGCACAGCAGAGACUCAGUGUUCUUGGUUUCACCCUGAUACAGGUUUUGAUCUGCAUACUUUGGCUCACGAUCAACCCUCCCUUUCCCUAUAAAAAUAUGAAACAUUACAACGAGAAGAUUAUACUAGAGUGUGCUCUGGGGACACCUGUAGGGUUCUGGGCUGUGUUAGGAUACAUAGGGCUCCUAGCCAUGCUGUGUUUUGUGCUUGCAUUUUUGGCUCGAACACUGCCUGAUAAUUUCAAUGAAGCCAAAUUCAUCACCUUCAGCAUGUUGAUAUUCUGUGCAGUCUGGAUCACCUUUAUCCCAGCGUACGUCAGCUCUCCUGGGAAGUUCACUGUGGCUGUGGAGAUAUUUGCUAUUCUGGCCUCAAGUUAUGGGCUGUUAUUUUGUAUUUUUUUGCCCAAGUGCUACAUCAUUUUAUUAAAACCAGAGAACAACACAAAGAAACAUUUGAUGAGUAAAGCCCCAAGAAGCCUUUGAGAUGCUUGUUGAAGCAUUCAGAUGUUUGUUGUUAUUUAGUUUAGAUCCUUAAAAAUAAAGGAAAUAUGACGGUUCUUGUUAUACUCUAAUCAAAGUAAAUAAAUCAUGAAGUCUUAUUCUAAAUCCUACCAAUGAAAGAAAUCAAUGUUUAUAUGUGUGCAAAAUGUAUUGGGGGAAUAUUAAAAU